AUGAAACCAGCCACUACGUUCUUGAAACUGCUUCACUUUGACCUUCGGCUUGACGCCAUCGCGCCCGAGACGUACGACGUUGUGGUCUACGGCUCAACUUCCGGAGCCGUCGCGACUGCCAUCCAGUCUUCGCGACUGGGAAGGUCGGUUGCCUUGGUCUCGCCAGUGAAGCACAUAGGCGGCAUCCAAAUCAACGGCCUCGGAGCAACAGACAUUGACAACCAGGCCGAGUUCCAGAAUAGCAACACGCUGGGAGGGCUGAAUCUUGAGCUUCACCAGAGGAUCAGCCGACACUAUGGACGCUUGAAGAGAUUGAAUGAAGUCGUUGAGAAGAAGCUCAAGGAUCCUGAUGUCUGGAGGUUUGAGGCAAAGGUUGCUGAACAGAUAAUCAGGGAGUGGUUGGCUGAGAAUCCGUCUAUUACCGUUAUCAAGUCCCGACUUGUCGACAAAUAUGCCGUUGAGAAAGACGGGGCAGUUAUCGAGGCGCUACAUCUUGAAAACGGUCAAAGGAUUUCUGGAAAGGUUUUCGUGGAAGCAAGCUACGAAGGGGACCUUCUAGCCGCUUGCUCCAUCUCUUGGACUCGUGGCCGCGAGUCAUCUGCAACAUACUCCGAAUCCCUGGCUGGCGUCCGCGCAGAGACAACAUACCGUCAAAUCGACGUCCACGUCGACCCCUACAUCACCCCGAAAGAUCCAUCGAGUGGUCUCCUCUACGGUAUCUCUUCUGAGCCCUUUGGGACCCCCGGUGAUGGGGAUCUGCAUCUGCAAGCGUACUCUUACCGGGUGCUUCUAACGGAUGACCCCGAGAACUUGGUGCCGUUUACAAAGCCUGACGGGUACGAUCCUGCACACUUCGAGCUACAUAGGAGAUUUUCAACAGCGGGAGGCGAAUUCUACAAUCCGAGCAAAAGGUUACCUGGUGGAAAGACCGAUCUGAUUGGGAGUGAAGGAGCAUUGUCUACGGAUUUGCUAGGGAUGAAUGAUCAGUGGUCCGUUGCGGAUUAUCAAGGUCGGCAGAAGAUUUUGGAAGACACCAAAAACUUCACCAAGGGCUUCCUUUGGUUCCUGGCAACGGACGAGGCCGUUCCGGGACCCAUCCGUAAAGAAUGGUCUCGGUUUGGCUACUGCCGCGACGACUUCCCAGACAACGGCCACUUUCCCCGCGAGCUCUACGUGCGCGAUGCGCGGCGGAUGGUGUCGGACUACGUCAUCACGCAGGCAACGGCCUCGCAGGACGGCGACCCUGAGGUCCUCGACCCGGUCGCCGUGGCGUACUGGCCGACGGACACGCACAGUGUGCGGCGGAUCCUGCGGGGCGGGCGCGUGCACAAUGAGGGCUUUAUCUUCAAGGACGGGCAUCGGUGGCGGCCGUUCGGUAUUGCGUACCGCGCUUUGCUGCCGAGGAGGAGGGAGGCGAGGAAUUUUGUUAGUGUGACGUGUCCCAGCUCGUCCCAUGUUGGAUAUGGCUAG